AUGGCACGGAUCAGUGUCGUUCUGUGCCUCUUGGCAUUCUGUGCCUAUGUGCAUGCCCAAUUUGCGCUCAUGGAUUCGGCCCUGAGUCGCUUCAUGUCAGUAACAAGUCAGAUUUUUCACACUCUGAAGAAGCCAUCAUCGGCGAUACCGCUGGCCAGUUGGAAUCCAUGGACGUCGAAUUCGAGGAUUCAAGCCGGCAAUUUGUCUGCAUGGUUGGGUGUUCGUAUUGAGAGCAUAGGCGGAAUCAAGUAUCAGAGGCUUUUUCUUCCAUUAUUCCCCGACUACCAACUGCGUGUCGCCAUGGACGAGAAUGAUGAUGAAGAAAAUAAUGAUGAAACGCCAUUUUGCGAUCCAAAGGUGAAACAGAUCAAGGGAUACCUCGAUAUCCGAGAGGAUGCACACCUCUGGUUUACCAUGUUUGAGAGCCGGUCGGAUCCUUCCAAAGACCCUCUUGUGCUGUGGCUCAAUGGUGGUCCAGGCUGCUCGUCUAGUACAGGUAUGCUCUUCGAACUAGGACCCUGUUGGGUAAGUCAGCAGGGAGAAGGCACCACUUAUAACGAACACUCUUGGAACUCGCAGGCGAACCUGCUCUUCCUUGAUCAGCCAUUGCAAGUGGGCUAUUCUUAUUCUGAUUCAGGCGAGUUUGUCGACACGUCCAACAAAUCGGCUGAGGAUGUGUAUGCUUUCCUGCAGUUGUUCUUUGCGCGCUUCCCCAAAUAUGCUGAUUUACCAUUCACUGUGGCCGCCGAGUCUUAUGGAGGACAUUAUGCACCGCACAUUGGAGCGGAGAUUCACCGGCGAAACAAAGAACUGGCAAAUUUGCCCGACAAUUACCUUGCGACAGCCAAGCCGAUCCGUCUGGACUCGCUGAUGAUUGGAAAUGGAUUGACGGAUCCGCCCGUUCAGUUCCCUAGUGUCGUCGAGUAUGCAUGCUCGCCUGAGAACAAGUACCAUCUGUUCGAUCGUGAGAGCGAAACGUGCAAGACGCUGGAAGCCAAGUCGGAAGUAUGCACCAAGCUGAUGAACCUGUGUGAGAAGAUGGAUUCGCGAUUGUCAUGUGUGCCGGCAGCGCUGUACUGCUGGGGCAGUUUGUAUGGGCCUGCGCAAGAUACCGGCGUCAACCUGUAUGAUGUACGUCGGAAGUGCGAUCAUGAAAAGGACGGCGACCUGUGUUACCCUGAGAUGGAGCACAUCGAGACUCUUCUAAACAAGCCUCGUAUUAAGAAGAUGCUGGGUGUACCGGCCACUGUUGAUUUCCAGAGCUGCAACAUGCAAGUCAAUGCACGCUUUAUGAUGCAGGGCGAUUCAAUGCAGAACAGUGCAACACUACUUGCUCCCUUGCUUGCUGAUGGUAUUCGUGUACUCGCCUAUGCUGGAGAGGCGGACUUUAUGUGCAACGCCAUUGGUAUCCACGAAUGGAUUCUUGACUUCCAGAACGUGUAUCGCGAAGCCAUCAACAAUGCCACAGAGACGCCUAUGUUUACGCACAGUGUUAAUGGUGCAAAGCCACGCCAGGCUGGUUUCGUCAUCAAGGCUGGCAAGGGUGCUGGCAAUUUAGCCUUUGCGUGGAUCCAGCGCGCUGGGCACAUGGUGCCGCACGAUCAGCCGGCGGUAGCGCUCACGAUGCUCAACCGCUGGCUGGCGAAUGAAGACUUGACCGUGUGA